CAUCUCUCAACAUCUUGCCAACUUUUGCAGUUCAUUGCGUUUAUCACGGUUUAUGAAGGAACGAGACAGCUGUAACUACGAAAUUGCGCCUUGAGGACUUGAUAGAACACUCAGCGGCCUCCAGGAUCACCCCUAUUGGCUUUCCACUCCUCUGUCUCUUCCAUCUUUGGCGGUCACUCCCCUUCUCUCUUCGGUCUAUGUCCAAGAUGCUUCUUGUUGGAAAACCUUGACAGCCCCAGGGUCCAUUCAACGGCUAUGUCAAGAACUUCGUUCCUCUCGUUCAGAAGGUUUAGACAAUAGUCCAUCUGAUGGAUCAAGAACACUUCAGCAACUGGAGUCCCCCACGAGACGAUCUCGAUGGUCUGAUCUCAGGGUAUGAUGCAUCUACUAUUACGCCAGAGGUCAACCGGGCCGCUUGGAGUGAACAGGGCACCGCAACAUCCUCUCCUCGCCCGUCACGCUAUCUCGAACCUUCCUCUCCCGGGAUUAUCAGAUCGCCGCUUCAACAGCCCACCAGCACAGUUCCGAGCUCUAGACCACUCCCCCAGCGAAGGAUAGCUUCUUCAAACCAAAUCCCUGGCUUGGGUUAUGGAGAGCAAUCUCCACCUGUGUCGUUCGAGCCUCCUCUUCGAUCAAUCUUCGUAUCUGGACCACCUACUGCUUCGGUCUCUGCGAACACCGCCCUGGCAUCUCUGAGCGCUGCCGUUUCCUCCAACAAUUCAGGCUCUUUAGCGGCCUUGACAAAUGCUGGCGGAAGUCGGCGUACUAAUAUAAAGGCAGGAGACACCACGCCUUUCGCUUCACCCGCCGCCUCGAGCAGUCGACAUCCUCUCCUCAACCCCGAAAAGGAUGUGGAUGAUCCCACGACGAGCGCAGUCACCAACAAUUUUGACCCUGAUUCUGUCAACACCUCCACUACCCUUGCGCGCUUAUUCAUAACAAGCGACGGAACAAGUCCUGAUCCCACAUCUCGAGUUCAUUCCCAUCUUCGAACCGUGUCCAGUACCAGCCGAAGUUUAGGUGGCACGGCGUCACUCCAAGGUCAUCUCUUUCACCAUGGCUUCGAGGAAGGCCGCCACUCAGACAUUACCGUGUAUGCGUUUGGUCAGAGCUACAGACUUCACAAACUGCUUCUCGAUCGUGUGCCUUACUUUUCGUCUGCGUUCUCCGGAUCUUGGGCAGAAAGUACAGCGCGAGAGAUGAAAAUCCCUUGUGAAGACCUCGAUCCCAAUAUCACCAAAAAUGCUUUCGAGCUGGCCCUGAAGAGGAUUUAUGGAACCCAGUUCCCUCGCCAGGAAGAGGAAGAAGCUAUCGGGCUGUUCGCUACGUCAUGUUGGCUUGAUAUGCCCGACCUAGUAGACUCCUGUGUCGACUCGAUCCUUCGACAGAUGCAGCCAGCUACCCUUCACAGCUUGAUUAAGCUAGUGACCAACAAUUACUAUGGGAAAGCCGGGGAUCGAAUCCUCGCCUCUGCGAAGGCCAUGCUCUGCAAAGAAGGCUGGGAGAUGCCGUAUGAAUACUGGGACGAGAUCCCGGCUGAGAUCAUCCGCGAGAUUGUUGGCGGGGAUCCUUUCUUCGUGCCAAGCGAGUGGGAGCGAUGGUAUCUUGCUUUAAAGCUCUUGAAUCGCCGAUUGAGGGCCAAAGCCAUCGAAGGAGGGCUGGUUUCCUCGAGUGGUCGAUAUCUCUAUCCCAAACCGACAAGUCUGCGAUUCUUUGCAGUGAGAUUUGAUGCACCUUACAGGAUAACUGGACACAACCGCUACGUUUCCGAAAAAGAUGAGGCCUGGGUUGCCCUGUACACGUCUCCGGAAAUCGCACCCCUGCUCGUGCUGCUGGACGAAGGGAUCCAUUAUGUUCAUCUUCGCUUCGAACAAUUGCAGCAGAUUCGGACGCAAAAAGACAUCCUUGGAGUUCCGGUUCUCCCCGAGAAGGUCAUUGGUGAUGCGUUAUGGAUGUCGAUGGAACUUCGACAGAAAGUUCUCAAUGCCAGGGAAACCGACGAGACACUGGGAUUGAGUGAAGUAGCAGAAGAGUUUGAAGAAGCCGAAGAUCAUGCUGAGCAAGCAUCGGUCCACAAGAAAGGAAAGUUGCGAGACGACGGCCCAGCCAGCCAAAAUGAAGUUCCUGCAGAGAUGGAGUCUGGCUCCUGGGAUGGCAACGGCAAACCUAGGAAAUUCUGGAUUCCGAGCAACGAUGUCUCCUGUGUGAUGGGAGGCACUCAAGAAGCUUGUGUAGCGGCCAACUCUACGAGUAUUGCAGAAUGGAGCACGCAUGCAGCGAGAUUGUCGGCUAGCCUCGAGCCUACCGAUGUUGCAUGGGCUCUCGACUUCACAAGUGGCAAUGUAAUCGACAGUGGCAGGCCCCCGUCCAGAGGCUAUUCGCCAACGUCGGCGCCCCGUUUCAGCUAUUAUCCUCCAUUUCGGUUUUCGGCGGAGUUCCCGAGCCCCCGGACGCUCAAGGAGAAGAAACGGGUCUAUUCUCACACGGUUUGGUAUGCGGGGAGUUUGUGGAACCUCUAUAUCCAGCGGGUCAAUAACUCGAAAGUCCCACAGUUGGGCAUAUACCUGCACAGAGCCAAGGAUAAAGAUCCGUGUGAAGACCCCCUUGCCCUUUGGAUGUCUUCCACUGUGGACGAUCGCAUCGGACAGCUGGAGCGGGAGAUGUUGCUUCGGAAGAACGAACGGCGAAACCGAAGUUGGCACGUCAACGAGCCUGUUCGCGGGUCGGCAGUGGAACAGGAAGAAGCAUCAGCCGAAUCGACACAAGAGUAUGAUACUUCAAAUCCGCAAAUUUCGGAGGGUGAAAGAGUGACUUUGCGGCGGCGGAUGGCGAAGUCGGUACAAAAGACUUCACAAAACCCCGAGGCUGCAGGUAGACCAUCCAGCGAUUCCUCUCCCUCGGACGGGCUGAUGCUGGACUCGGACGAGGAGGACGCCGAGUUAUUACGGGCCAACAGGAAGUACAACGUUUCCGCAAUGCCGCCAUACAUGGAUGGCCGUCCAACAAUCCGAACAUAUUUUAAGAUCUAUUCACCGAGUAAGGGCGGGCGACUUUUGAGCAUUUACGAGAGUGCACCAGACAAGUUCGAUGUCAGCAAGAGUUGGGGAUGGAAGAGCAGCCAAAUGCAGCUCGAUGAUGGGAUUGGCGGAUGUGACACGACAAAGUCGAGUAAGGACGGGAAGUUGAGGUAUAUGGUCGUCAUUGGCAACAUCUAAGACACCGGGAAAGCAUUGCAUUUCAAGCAUUCAAGUAGCGUCAAGAUGACGAGUUAUGGAUUUCAACAAGCAACGAAGCGUCGAGCAAGCAGUGACGGCCCUGAGCAAGAAAUGUUUGGGCCUCUUGAUUAUCCAAUACACGAAUGACAAUUUUUUCAUUCAGGAAAAUGAUCAAAACAUUAUCAUUCG